AUGAAUGGGUACGACGCUAUGUGCUCGGACAUGGCCACCAACCCAGAAGCUGUCAUUUUCCGGAAAUUCACCAUACUAAACUACCGCGCGCUGUUAUUCCUUCAAUCUGAACUAAAUCAGAAGGAGGGUCGUCUCGUCUCCUUGAUCAAACAUGACCAGAACUCCCUCGACCCGGAACGAAGGCAAUUUUCGUACAGCUUCGAUGCCAUGCUGAGAUCCAAUGGCGAGACCGAGGGUUCAACAUUGCAGAGGGAGUUGAUGCGAGAGAUUUGCCAUCUCCUCCCAAACUACAGCAUGUGGUUUUUGUUGAUCCCCUGUUUCAAAUCAAACUACUUUUCCCUGUAUGUUUUUUGCUCGGGUCCUGCUGACUUUUUUUUCCGGGAGCUGUUGUCUUGCGGCUCAAAAGAUGAAUUGCUCCUCCAAAUCCGCCAGCUCGGCCACCUCCCUCCCGUCCACGAACCCAGCCUCAAGCGCCUCCGAGAGGCCCAAAUGAGCGCGCAAGGGGCUAACAGGUUCCUCCGCGGCCGCGAGCAGCGCAUCUGGAGCGAGAAAAAGCAGUACGACCUCACAUCCCUGACGGAUCGGCAGGAGGACAGAGACCCGCUCUCGUCGUGGCUGGAGUGGUGCGUCACAGAUGUCUGGCACAAGUACUUUGGCCACAAACUCUCUCCCCCUAAACCCGUCGAUGAGGACUGGGCACCGGCCGUGCCGAGCAAGCUGGGCCAAUACCCACGAUCACUCAUUGCGAGAAUCGUCACCGGCGUCACCACGAUCCUCGCGCCCAUCUUUGUGACGCUCUCGGCCGUCGUCUUGUUCUUUGUGGACAGCGAGUCCAAGCGCCUGGGCCUCAUCGUCGGGUUGAGCUUCCUGUUCAGCCUCGCGCUGGCUUGCGUCGGGGUGCCACGCAGGAUCGAUUCGUUUGUCGCCACGGCUACCUUCACCGCUGUGCUGAUUGUUUUUAUCGAGAACAACACAGACUGA